GAGAAGUGACGUAAAAUCGCGACUGCGCUCGUUAGCCCGCGAAGUCUGAACGGCUGACGGUGGAGGAUGCGCUGACCCACACAGCCUGCAUUUCAGCCAACCUCUGUGCCUUCCUGAAAACAGACCACUAUGCCCAAGAUAACCCUGAACGGGGUGACUGUGGAUUUCCCUUUCCAGCCAUACAAAUGCCAGGAGGAGUACAUGACCAAGGUUCUGGAGUGUCUACAGAAGAAAGUGAACGGCGUCCUGGAGAGCCCUACAGGCACAGGGAAGACCCUGUGCCUGCUCUGUAGCACGCUCGCCUGGCGGGAGCACCUUCGUGAUGCCAUCUCUGCUGGCAAGAUUGCUGAGAGGACCCAAGGGGAGCUCUUCCUGGAUCGCUCCUUGUCGUCCUGGGGGAAUGCUGCUUCAGAGGGAGAUGCCACAGCUUGCUAUGCAGACAUCCCGAAGAUCAUUUAUGCCUCCAGGACCCACUCACAACUCACGCAGGUCAUCGGUGAGCUUCGGAACACAUCCUACCGGCCCAGGGUGUGUGUGCUGGGCUCCCGGGAGCAGCUGUGCAUCCACCCCGAGGUGAAGAAGCAGGACAGUAACCACGUGCAGAUCCACCUGUGCCGCAAGAAGGUGGCGAGUCACACCUGUCACUUCUACAACAAUGUAGAAGAGAAGAGCCUGGAGCAGGACCUGGCCACCCCCAUCCUGGACAUCGAGGACCUGGUCAAGAGUGGGAACAGGCACAGGCUGUGCCCCUACUACCUGUCCCGGAACCUGAAGCAGCAGGCUGACAUCAUCUUCAUGCCAUACAACUACCUGCUGGAUGCCAAGAGUCGCCGGGCACACGGCAUCGACCUGAAGGGGACAGUGGUGAUCUUUGAUGAAGCUCACAAUGUGGAGAAGAUGUGUGAGGAGUCGGCAUCCUUUGACCUGACCCCCCAUGAUGUGGCUUCCGGACUGGAUGUCAUAGACCAGGUUCUAGAGGAGCAGACCAAGGCAGCGCAGCAGGGCGAGCUUUGCCUGGAGUUCAGUGCAGACGCCAACUCAGGGCUGAACAUGGAGCUGGAGGACAUUGCGAAGCUGAAGAUGAUUCUGCUUCGCCUGGAGGGGGCCAUUGAUGCCGUCGAGCUGCCUGGAGAUGACACAGGCAUCACCAAGCCUGGGAGCUACAUCUUCGAGCUGUUCGCCGAGGCCCAGAUCACGUUUCAGACCAAGGGGUGCAUCUUGGACUCCCUGGACCAGAUCAUCCAGUACCUGGCAGGACGCACUGGGCUGUUCACCAACACAGCAGGACUGCAGAAGCUCUCGGACAUCAUCCAGAUUGUGUUCAGUGCAGACCCUGCCGAGGACGGCUCCACAUUGGGGCUGGGGGCCUCUCAGUCCUACAAGGUGCACAUCCACCCUGACACCAGUCACCGGAGGACAGCUCAGCGGUCAGAUGCCUGGAGCUCCACAGCAGCCAGAAAGCAAGGGAAGGUGCUCAGUUACUGGUGCUUCAGCCCUGGCUACAGCCUGCGUGAGCUGGUCCGCCAGGGCAUCCGCACACUCCUCCUCACCAGCGGCACACUCGCCCCUGUGUCUUCCUUCGCCCUGGAGAUGCAGAUCCCUUUCCCAGUCUGCUUGGAGAACCCACACGUCAUCGACAAGCACCAGAUCUGGGUGGGGAUUGUCCCCAAAGGCCCCGAUGGAGCCCAGCUGAGCUCUGCCUUUGACAAACGGUUCUCUGAGGAGUGCUUGUCCUCCCUGGGGAAGGCGCUAGUGAACAUUGCCCAAGUGGUUCCCCAUGGGCUCCUAGUCUUUUUCCCUUCCUACCCAGUCCUGGAGAAGAGCCUGGAAUUCUGGCGGGCCCGGGACUUCGCCAGGAAGCUGGAGGCCCUGAAGCCUCUAUUUGUGGAGCCGAGGAGCAAGGGUGGCUUCUCAGAGGUGAUGGGUGCUUACUACUCGAGCAUUGCCUCCCCGGGGUCCCGAGGGGCUGCCUUCCUGGCUGUGUGCCGGGGAAAGGCCAGUGAGGGGCUGGACUUCGCAGAUGUGAAUGGCCGAGGGGUGGUCAUUACGGGCCUCCCUUACCCCCCACGCAAGGACCCCCGGGUCAUCCUCAAGAUGCAGUUUCUAGAUGAGAUGAAGGGCAGGAGUGGAACCUCAGGCCAGUUCCUCUCUGGGCAAGACUGGUACCGGCAACAGGCAUCCAGGGCUGUGAACCAGGCCAUUGGGAGGGUCAUUCGGCAUCGCCACGACUAUGGGGUCGUCUUCCUCUGUGACCACAGGUUCACCUGUGCGGAUGCCAGAGCCCAGCUGCCAUCUUGGGUACGCCCCCACGUCAAAGUGUAUGACCACUUCGGCCAUAUCAUUCGAGAUGUGGCCCAAUUUUUCCGGGUUGCUCAGAAAACAGUGAGUCCUGAACGCCCAGCCGGCUAUGCCCUCGGAGGAGCUGGGUGGGACCCCCAACCCCAACCACCUGUGACUGUCCAGAUGCCAGUGCCCCUGGCUGCUGCCCCAAGCCUGGCCCAGGAAGAAGGUGCUGUCAAGGUGGACAUGUCGCUCGGGCCCCUCUCCACCAAGAAAGCCAGGAAUCUGGAUGUGCACGUCCCCAGCCUGAGGCAGAGACCCACAGGACUGCCAGCCUCCGAAGACAGUGGGGACAUUGAGGGCAGCCUGUGUGUGGAGUAUGAGCAGGAGCCUGUUCACACCCAGCAAAGGCCCAUGGGGCUGCUGGCUGCCCUGGAGCACAGUGAGCAGCUGGCCAGAGAGCCUGAGGACCAGGCCCUGCCCGGGGAGGAGAAGGCACAGUGUCGCUCUAGCACAUCACUCCCCGGUGAGAAGAGGUCUGUGGAGGAGCAGAGAGGAGGGAGGAAGAAGAUCAGGCUACUCAGUUGCCAGAAGGGGCUGGCAGCAGGUGCACAAGCGGACAGAGCCAAGCUGUUCAUUGUGACCGUGAAGCAGGCGCUAAGCCAGGCCAGCUUCGACUCCUUCACCCGGGCCCUGCAGGAGUACAAGGGCUCAGACAAUUUCCAGGCCCUGGUGGACCACCUCAGCCCCCUCUUUGCCGAAGACCCCAAGAAGCACAGCCUGCUUCAAGGCUUCUACCAGUUCGUGCGACCCCACCACAAGCAGCAGUUUGAAGAGCUCUGCCUCCAGCUGACAGGCCGAAGUUGCAGCCACCUGCCUGAAUACAGCCUUCUGCGUGGGCAGUGGGCACAGCCAUCCUUGGAUCCCAGAAUGAGAGAGCCUGUCCCCAAGAUGACCCUUUCCCAGGGUGCGGCCAGGCAGCUGGACCCUGGAGACCACUUGAACCAGGGCCAGCCUCACCUGGCCUCCAGGCCAGUACCCAAAGGAGACAGUGGCGGCUGUUUGCAAGAGGGGUGUAGCAACCCUCAAGCAGAGAAGCCUGGCCAGCCUGCUGUGAGCACCUACCUGGCCGAUGCCCGCAGGGCCCUGGGAUCUGCAGGAUGCAGCCAACUCCUAGCAGCACUGACCACCUACAAACGUGAUGACGACUUUGAGAAGAUGGUGGCCGUGGUAGCAUCACUGACCACCUCGAGGCCCGAGGACUUGCCUCUGCUGCAGAGGUUCAGCAUGUUUGUGCGCCCACACCACAAGCUGCGCUUCCGGCAGAUGUGUGCAGACCUGACUGGCUGGCCCACCCUGGGUGCAGGCACUGAGCCACCAGGACCCCAGGAGGGGAGCUCCAAGGUGCCUCCUGACCUCAACCCCAGGUCUCCCUGCCCAGGUAGGGUGAUCUGCCUGGUGCUCCUACUGCCCCCACCCUGUCACCAGAGCCCCAAUCGGCCCUGGAAGAAAUGGGCAGCAGGGAUGUGCCAGGAGCCCCUUGGACUCACUCCUCUAUGUCCAGGGCCCUCUGAGCUGGAGAGACCAGGGAGGACCCAGAGCAAGAUCUCCCCCUUCCUCAGACAGCGGCCUGACCCCCAGCCUCCCCCACAGAGAGACACAAUCUGAGUGUGGUAGGUCUUGUGGGAGGGGCUGCAGGGACUGUUGGGCAGCAGGCCUGGUGUGCCCAGCUGCAAGGCAGAGGAAAGCAUCCACCUCUGUGUCCCUCCUCCACCUUGAACUGUGCCAGGCCUUCUGGCAACAGGACCUCUAGGUCUCAACCAGACCUCAGGGACAUGGCUGCUGGGCAUCCCCCCCUGGGGUGGGGUGGUCAGCGGUACCCGGCAGGCAUGUCCAGCAUCCUCUGUGUCUUUACAGGUCUUCUGGAGACUCUUCUGGGCACUGCAGGGCCCCCGAGGCUGAGGCCACACCCUCCCUGAAUGCAGCUUAGACACCUGACUGUUGGCUCGGGGUGGGCAGGCCCAGCACCAGCAACCCCUUGGCCAAGAGCCCACCUGUCAAGGAGGGCCGGUCCAUUGCACACAGGGACACCCCUGAGACAGAAGCUGGGUCUUGGACUGCCUGGGAGAAGCCCUGAAGCCACUGUGGGGUGGGGGUGGGGUGGGUCAGCCAGAAGGUGCUUCCUCAGAACUUCCCCUGGCUGCUGACUUGUGGGUGGAGCCUCAGGGGUUGGCAGCUGAGCCCGCGCCUGGAAAGGGGGUAUCACCUGCUCCCCUCUGGGACCUGUGCCUGGGCAGUGGGCGGGUGAAAGCUCUAAUAAAGCUGCUGGCCCCACUGGGA